UGAGCAUGAGGCAAAGAUCCUGAAUAGUUGAUGAGACAAUAGUUCGUUUGACAGAGAGGAAAGAACAGAAUCUCUUUCUCCGCUCUGAACAGUGCCAGAGAACUGUGAUGGAAAAUUACUCUGAGAAUAUGUAUGUGUGUGCAUAAGAGAGAAGGAGAGAAGGGACGAGGGAGCGAGGACAAGAAGAAAAGUGGAUGAAAUGGUCAGCAUAAAAGAAAGUCCAGAAAUAAAGUUGUCAGAGAAGCACGGUGAGAGAUGUUAAAGGCGCUUUGGUGAUUGCAGUGCUUAGUCAGGGCCUGGGUAUGGAGAGCCUCGCACCUGAGAAUCACAGACACUUCGGCUGGAGCGGCUGGAGGAACUUGCUGUUGCCGCAAUUGAACCUGCGCUCACUCUAUAUCUACGGCAGUGAGGUGGCUGUGGAGAAGGAGUGUAUCCGACAGAAAAAGGAGGGCAUAUUUGUCAUCCAUCCCUUCAGUCUUUUUAGGAGUUACUACAUCAUGUGUAUGGUGGCCAUAACAUUUCUGAAUCUAAUUGGCAUCCCAAUGGAGAUCGCCUUUCUAGAUGGGAACAGUGGAGUAGGAUGGGAAGGCUUUAAUGUCUUCUCGGACACCCUGUUUCUGAUUGACGUAGGCCUUAACUUUCGCAUGGGUAUCAUCGAUGAGGACAGCGAGGGAGCCGUUCUUGAUUUGAAAAGCAUUCGACAACAUUAUUUAAAGAGCUGGUUCGUACCGGAUAUGGUGGCAGCAUUCCCAGUUGGAUACAUACUACUAAUUGCGGACCUGCAGUACCAUGGUGACUCUCCAUCAUCCAAAGCAAACAAAAUGAUGCGCAUCUUGAUGUUCGUGAGAAUCCUCAGUCUCGUUCGCCUGUUGCGUGUGUCCCGGCUUGUUAGGUUUUUCAAUGAGGUAGAAAGAGUUUCAAAUGCUAACCUGGAGGUGGUGAGGAUAUUCAUGAGAAUCUUGUCUUUAUUUAUGAUGAUUUUCCUGCUGUGCCACUGGAAUGGCUGUAUUCAGUAUUUCGUACCCAUGCUUGAAGAGUUUCCAUCAGACUGCUGGGUUAGAAGAGAGAAUCUAAUGAAUGAUACAGUGGGGGAGAAGUAUUCUUUUGGAGUCUUUCGAGCCCUCUCUCAUAUGACUGCAAUAUCAUAUGGUUCCUCUGACACACCAACAAAUGAUGUUGAGCUGUGGAUCGUCAUGACAAGCAUUGUAUCCGGUGCCCUUAUGUAUACGGUCAUGGUCGCCAACACUGCUGCUUUGAUGUCUGAUGUGGACAUAACAUCAAGGGCUUAUAAAAACAAGAUGAAUCAUCUGGAAGAUUACAUGACUUUCAUGAAACUUCCCAAAGGUCUGCGUAUGCGCAUUAACAACUACUUCCAGGCCCGUUAUGCAGGAAAAUGGUACGAUGAGAAAGACGUCCUGAAGUGGGUGUCCUCAUCUCUCAGAGAGGAAAUACUGAUGACCAUAUGCUUGAGCCAUGUGAGGAAAGUUCCUAUGUUCCAAAACCGUGAUAUAAACUUCAUCAAUAACAUUCUAAUGGAGCUUCAGUAUGAGGUCUAUCAGGAGGGCGAGAUCAUCAUCCUUAAGAAUACUCCCGGUGACCGCAUGUUCUUUAUUGAACAUGGGCAGGUCCUUGAGAAGAAUGAGUUUUUCGAGAGGGAACUGUGUGAUGGAGACUAUUUUGGAGAGUCGUGUCUCAUAACAAAAGAAAGGCGUUUGGCUACAGUACAAGCUCAGACUACCAGUCAGCUCUUUUCCCUGUCAGUGGACUGCUUUCAUCGUGUACUGCAGGACUAUCCUGAGAUUAAGAGGGACCUGGAAUCACCUCAACAGGAUAAAGACCUUCUGUUAUUAUAAUGAA